AUGUGGUCGCGCAAAUCGGCAACUCCACUUGAAAAAGUAACACCAGAUCAAGCACUUGAAUGGUGUCAGAAUUUUCUUCGAGGUGCUUGGUCAACUAUUAGCGUAGAACAAUUACGUUUGGAACGAGUUUCUGGUGGUCUAUCAAAUUAUCUUUAUUGUUGUUCAUUACCUGAUGAUAUUGAAAUACAAGGCAAUGAACCCCGAAAAGUAUUUUUAAGAAUUUAUGGUGAAGCUCAUCAACAACAUCGUAGUACUCUACUGAUCGAUAGUGUUGUAUGUACAUUACUAUCUGAUAGAAAAAUAGGUCCACAUGUUCAUGGAAUAUUUCCGCAAGGACGAAUCGAAGAAUUUGUUGAGGCUGAAUCAUUACUUGUAUCUGAACUUUUUGAUCCAAAAAUCUCACAAAAAAAUGGUCAUCUAUUAAGUGAACUUCAUCAACUUGAUAUGCCAUUAGUGAAAGAACCAAUUUGGUUGUACCAUUCAAUUGAUCAGUUCCUAUCUAGUUUACCAACUGAUUUGCAUAAAUUUGAAAUUGAAGAAGAUCGUCAUAUAUAUCAAGAAUUUCAAUCUAUAUGUAAAUUUACUGAAGAAUUCGAGCAAUUAAAAACAAUUUUAGCUAAAAUCGAUAGUCCUAUACAAUUUUGUCAUAAUGAUUUUCAACCAGGAAAUAUUCUUCGGUUAAAAUCUCAACCAGAUAAUUUUACAGUUAUUGAUUUCGAAUAUUGCUCCUAUAAUUAUCGUGGAUAUGAUAUUGGUAAUCAUUUUUGCGAACACAUGUUUAAUUAUGUCUCUUUAAAAGAAUGGCCGUUCUUUACUGUUGAUUAUACACUUUAUCCAACUAAAGAACAACAAGUAAAUUUUCUAUCUGCAUAUGUUGAUCGAAUACUUGCCGCUCAAGAUCAAUCUGUACCUUGUACAAAUGAUUCGGAUAAUGACAUCUCAUUAUCAACAAAUAAUAAUUAUCGAGAAGAAUUAAUAAAUCAAAUAAUUAAAGAAGCAAAUUAUUAUACAUUAGCUUCACAUUUCUUUUGGUCAUUAUGGGCAAUUAAUAUGGCAAUGUCAACAGCGAUUAAAUUUGGUUAUAUGGAAUAUGCUCGUGCUCGUCUUACAGCGUAUUAUUUAACACGUGAGAAACUUCUUAAUGGAAAUGAAAUGCCACCGAAAUUUGAUGAAGAUUUACUUCGAUCAACUAAAAAUCCAUUUCAUGCAUCUUAUAUAAAAACAAAUAGUAAACAAUUACCUAUUUAA